AUGGCUCAUUCGCCGACGAAGGAUCUUGGUAUGUAAAUCACGAAUAAUUGCUUAGCAACCGAGGUACUUACAAGCUUUCUGUUAGGUCCAAUGUAGAUAUGGACGUGACCCCAAAGGAGCGGCGAGUCUGGGGCUCUUGGAUUAUGCUCGGUUACUGGUUCUCUGACGCCGUUCAAGCCAACGCUUGGCAAAGUCCUGCUGCUGUUCUUGCUAUGGGCUUGACCUGGUAAGUCUCUUAUAACACCGACACUCCUCGAUCCAAGUUGUGUUGGCUAACAAUACCUUCAAGGCGCGAGGCUCUGAUUGCUGUCAUCUUUGGCCCUUUGACAAACGCAGUUCCUCUUGUUCUUAAUGGGAUGAUAGGUGCUAGGCUGUUCGUUCCUUUCCCAGUUAUUGCGAGGGUAAGCAGCUCUUUCAUGCAUCAUAACCCUUGAUCAAAUUCCGCCAAGUCGAAUCCUGUUGCUAAUGUAGAAACGGCAGGCAUCCUUCGGGUGGUACUUCUAUCGAGUUGCAGUUGGUACUCGAGUUGCUGCUGCUUUGUUCUGGCAUGGAUACCAGACAUACACCGGCACGACUGCCCUGACGCAAGUCAUUCGAUGCAUUUGGCCAUCUUACCUCGACAUUCCGAAUCAUAUUCCGGAGAGCGUGGGUAUUACCACUCAGGGAAUGCUCAGCUUCUUCCUUUUCUGGGUGAUCCAAUUCCCCUUCAUGCUUGCCACUCCACACAAGUUAAAGUGGCUGUUCGUUCUGAAAGGAGGUGAGCUAUUAUUAAGUCUAUAGGCGACCUACAAAAGGACUUGAGGAUCCAGGGAGGGCUAACCGGCGAUAACAUAGUUAUGGUUGUUGUAACAUCCGUCGCCGCGGUGAUUUAUAUGACUUCAUUAGCGGGAGGUGCUGGAGAUAUGUGGAACCUACCUUACGAGGUCCACGGUUCUGAACGCUCGUGGAUGGUCAUGUCUGCUAUUUCGGGUACCACCGGUGGAUGGUCAGUUUGAUUGCUUGAGAUUGAUCUGGCACUUUCUAAUCUGUGAAUCGCAGGGCUACGCUAUCGGUUAACAUCCCCGACUUUACGCGAUACCUUAAAAACGAACGUGCCGUCUGGUGGCAGAUUGCUUUCCUUCCUGGUGUCAAGUUGUGGCUUGGGUUGAUUGCCAUUAUUUGCACUUCUGCUGGCAAGGUUGUGUAUGGCGAAUGGUAUGUCCGAACGCACACUCGAUACUCUUUACCAAAGCUGACCAUAUUCUAGUAAAACCCCCCUCCCCGUAUUAGAACCCCGUGUAAGCAUUCGAGACUAAUUUUCUGUUUAGAUAUCUGGGAUCCCGUAAAGCUGUCUGCCAAGUGGACCACACCGGGCGGCACCGCACUCUGCUUCUUCUUUAAUUUGUCAUGGGUGAUCGCUCAGAUCAUGGCCAACUUGUCGACGAACGUCAUCACAGCUGCCAACGAUAUUUGCUGCAUUUGGCCAAAGUGGGUAAACAUCCGACGAGGUGCUUUGCUCACUACGAUUGUCGCUUGUUGGGCGCUUCAACCUUGGCAAGUUGUCAAGCACGCAACAUCCAUACUGACCUUCAUGUCUGGUGUCGGCAUAUUCCUCGCCCCCAUGGCCGCCAUUAUUGGUGCCGAUUACUGGGUUGUCCAUCGCCAACGUUAUGAUGUGCCGGCUCUGUACAAAGCCCGCGGCCGUUAUCGUCACGGUGUGCUGGGCACAAAUUGGCGAGCUGUGGUUGCCAUCGUCGUCAGCCUUGGGCCUAGCAUGCCCGGAUUGUGAGAUUCCAUGUCCUUGAUUCAAGCGUGCAACACUGACCGAAAGUCCAUCCAGCGCCGCUUCCCUAGACACAAGCCUUAAGCCCUACAUUGGGAACGCCAUUUACGUGUACUACAUGUAUUACUUCUACGGCUUUACGAGCGCUUUCGCCGUCUACUCGGGGCUUAGCUAUCUGUUCCCUGCCAGGGAAACAUAUGUUCCUCAUUUGAUCACUGGCGAGGAAUCACUCACGCCUACGGAAGGUGUUGACAUGGAAAUUGAUACAGAGAAGAACGGGACAUCGAAGGUGUACUCUGAAGAGGCUUCCAAGAGCAGUUGA